AUGGGCCCAUCGAAUAUAAAUUUUUUCCAAAUAAUGGAACAACCAAAUUUUAAUAACUUAUCAUCAUUUUGUAAAAAAAUAACAAAUGAAACGCCGUAUAGCAAUCUCCUGAAUGUAAAACGUCUAAAUUCAAUUGCAUGUCCUGUGCCCAAAGUGGCAUCGACAAAUAUUCUACGUAUUAUACUAUUAACAUCAAAUGAACGGUAUUUAAAACAAACAAAAAAACAGAACAAUGCCUUAAUUGCAAAAUUAAAUAGUAGUUACUUAUAUACGACAAUAUAUCCGACGAUUUAUUCUAUGAAACUGAAAAAUAUGAAAUUUAACGACCGUCGGAACUUAUUAAAGAAUACAACAAUAUUUAAAUUUGUUAUCGUUCGACAUCCAUUUAAACGUAUAAUAUCCGUCUUUUAUGAUAAGUUUAUUUAUCCGGAACCAUUUGAAUCUAAAGAGUGGAGAUAUAGAAAACGCGUAAUGUUGAAAACAUUGAAACAUAAAAAUUUCACAUUUAAAACAUUUUUGUUAUAUAUUGUUUAUUCUAUUGAACAUAAUUUUAAACUAAAUAUUCAUUGGGAUCGAGUUGUAACAGUUUGUGAUUUCUGUAAAGUCAAAUUCGAUUGGAUAGGAAAAUAUGAGAAUUUCGAUGAAGAUGUCGACAUAUUAUUAAAACGUUUAAACAUAGAUAGCAAAGUAAGUUUUCCAUCGCAUAAACUGGAUCCAAAUCACAAAAAGUUAAACAUAGACGAUAAAAAAAUGUACAAUAUGAUUAAAUCGGUUGGUGAAAAGAAAUACAAUGUACUAUUAAACUAUUAUAGACCGGAUUUUGAGGCAUUUAAUUAUACAGCUGAAAAUUUUCAAACUGAAACUUAA